AUGUUCCCUUCCAUGCAGCCUCACCGGCCGCAGAAUCCCCUCCACCACGGGAACCACCAACAACAGACACGACCCGUCUCCGAUAGUGCGCCCAAGAACCAAAUUGAAGCCAUGCCGCCCAACACCACCAGCACCAUCACCACCGCCACAACCUCCACCACGCCGCCGCCGCCUCAUCAUCCGCUACCACUCUUCAACCCCGCCACCACCCACCCCGUCUUCUUCAUGACCCACUGGCGCAAACCUCCCUUCCCACUACCCCUCAACCCCGCCCUCUCGCCCGUCGCGGCCGGUUACGUCUUUCCUCAUCACCACCUCCGCCCCACCACCGCCGGAAACACGAAGCUCUGA